AUGACAAUCGCUACGCCAUUUCGUCCCGAGUUAUUCGAAGCACCACAGUCUUAUACUCUGUUGACCAUCGAUUAUCGUUUGUUCCGCAAUUUUUCAGAAAACCUCAAAGUUACUGCUGCAUUGAAAGAAACUGCUCAUAUUUUUCACAAAAUUGGGGAUGAAUAUGAAGAAAGUGCCAAAAGAGAUUUAGAACCAUUAUUAGAUUCACUUUAUUGCUAUAAAGGCCUUUUCGCUGUAACUCCUGAUAUUUUUCACGUCUAUAAGUCCGCGGUAUCGAAAUUGCAUGAAAAUGAACGAUUAUCGAUGGAAGGAAAAGUGUGUGCCUCAGAAUCUGAAAAAGUCCGAUCGCGUUUCGAUUCGGUAAGCUAUGCAAUGCUAGCUGAAAUUGAUUAUCAACAUCGAGAACGUGGUGAAGAUUUUAAAAAUAUGAUGGCUGCUUUUAUGGAAAGACAAGCUACCUUUUAUGAAAAUCUUAGCAAAAAAUUGUUUUCAUUGGCAUCUUUAUAUAAAAAUGCUUAA